GCAGUAACGCAACUGAACGGGAACAAAAAUAUAUAGUGCGUAUGUGUGAGGUGAAAGAUGUCAACAAAACAGGUCACCUGCAGGUAUUUUGUUCAUGGUGUGUGUCGAGAGGGGAGCAGGUGCAUGUUCUCGCAUGAUCUGGCGACUAGCAAACCUUCCACAAUAUGUAAAUUCUAUCAGAAAGGCAUGUGUGCUUACGGCGAUCGGUGCAGAUAUGACCACAUCAAACCAGGCGGUCGUGGAGGUGGAGCGCCGGCUGAUCACACAAACAGAGACAGCAUGACGGGAGCCUCUGUUCCGGGACCUGGACCGCCACCAAGUGCCCCCAGAAACACUAAGAAACCGCUAGUGCUGAGAGACAGAGUUCUACGCAGCGACUGUCGAGCACCGCCGUACAGCGCAGAAAGCGCGGAGGUUCUGGACAGCUGGGAUUACACGGACGCCAUCUCUCAGGCCAAACCUCACAGCUACCUGGACGCCAUUCGUGCUGGACUGGAGGGUUCGGCUGCAGCGAGCUCGUAUCCUGAUGCCUCCCAUCAGCCCCUGCUUUGCCCUUACGCCGCGGCUGGUCAGUGCAACUUCGGCGAUACGUGCCCGUAUCUACAUGGUGACAUGUGUGAGAUCUGCAGGUUGCAGGUUUUGCACCCGUAUGACCCUGAGCAGAGGGCGGCACAUGAAAAGGUGUGUAUGGUUGCGUUCGAGAAGGACAUGGAGCAGGCGUUCGCGGUGCAGCAGAGUCAGGACAAAGUCUGCAGUAUUUGUAUGGAGGUGGUUUACGACAAGGCGUCUCCGUCCGAGCGGCGCUUCGGCAUCCUGUCCAGCUGCUGCCACACCUACUGCCUCGCCUGCAUCCGCCAGUGGCGCUGUGCCAAGCAGUUCGAAAACAAGAUCAUCAAGUCGUGUCCAGAAUGCCGUGUGGUGUCGGAGUUUGUGAUUCCCAGCAUGUACUGGGUGGAGGAUCAGGAGGAAAAGAACCGUCUCAUCGAGGAGUUUAAAUCUGGUGUAAGUAAGAAGCCCUGCAAGUAUUUUGAUCAGGGUAGAGGAACUUGUCCGUUUGGAGGAAAAUGUUUCUACAUGCACGCCUACCCGGAUGGAACCCGGGCCGAACCGGAUAAACCCAGAAAGCAGCUCAGCUCAGAGGGAAACGUCCGGGUAACUCUGUCCAAACUGUUCAACACUACAAACUGCUCAGAGUUCCUGAACUCCGUGCGGCUGUGGGACUUCAUCGAGGAACGCGAGCACCGGGGUGUUCCGCAGUUCGAGGAUGAGAUGAAUGAACUGGGAGAACUGUUUAUGCAGCUGUCCGGAGCUGGAGAGGAGAGUGGUACAUCGGCAUCGCACUGAUCCAUCUAUCCGUGCGUCGGUCCUUCAGAGCCGUACGCCCAGCCUGCUCUGCCUGGGUAACUGUGUACGCUGACGAGGCAAUAAAAAUGUACUCACUGGUAAUUCUGUUUGUAGUUUGAGGUGAUUUUCUAGCUAGAAAAAAAGAACUGUUUACCUGUGGUACAUUUUUGUGAACGACACUAUUUAUCAGUAGUAAAUGUAUUGUUUCUGUAAGCUGCUAUAUUUUCCUGAUGUGUAUUAGUACGACAUCCAAAGAAAAAUAUAUCAAGAAAAUCAUGAACCGGUAUUGUGUAUUAAAAUAAGGUAUUUGUUGCACUUCGAUCAGUUUACAAAUACACAUGGACUGUAACAUUUUUUAGAAGAAAAGGUGUUUUAUUGUAACCACUCCUUAUUUAUGAAUGAUUAAGACCUUAUUUAAAUACCACCAUACAUUUAUAAAAGUUAAUAAACCUUAUAAGGCACGUCUACACUUGGAUUUAAGGACGUCAGACUUCAUUACCAAGAACUGUUUAUCAAAUGUUUAUACAAUGUUUUACAGGUUGUAUAUUUAAUGCAGUAUUUUAUCUUUAAUAUUGAAAGAAAACUCCGGAUCCAGACUUAAUAAUCUAAACAUUCUAAAAAUCAAGUUUUUAUUGAGAAUCGGUUCACUGAUAGUCACCAGCAGUUCUUGGUAACUCAUUUUCAGAUCGACAGCAUUAUUCCAUGCUACAGUUUGUCUUGUUGAUUGACAAUGAACUGACACUAAUAAAGAAAAGGUCUGAUUCUUUCCUCACACUAAACUACAUCUUAAUAUUGCAUGGUUCUCUCAUCUCUGCUGGGAAACCACGUUUAUAAAACAUGCACAGUGAAGCUGCAUCGCAAACGUUUGCUUUAGCACGACAUUAAAAGGAAAACGGACAGUUUUCCCAGUUAAGAGAGAAACACUAUUCAUGAUGGUGAAUUCCAGUUGUCCUCUUGUUUCCUUUCCUUCAUUCCCAACUCCUUUCAGGACGCGAGUAAGAGAAGCAAGAAAAGGAAACGAGGACGCAGGAAUCAAGGUUGAAUGUAUUUGUUAUAUUGCUGAUGAAACCUUGAAACCGACGUCACUUAUUGUCGACGUGUUACCAACCGUGUCACAACACUGGCAUCAGUCAAAAUAAAUGAAGCAUUAUUAAAUACAAA